GCGAGAGUCGAGAUUUAUGGACAAAAUUAAAGUCUAUUAUUAAUAUCUGGAGAGUUUAAAACCGAGCUAAAAGUGCACCGUUGACUUUCAUAUACGGUUAAAACCUUUAUAAGGUGUUUGAAAUGCCGCCGACCGUUCAUUACGCGACAGAAACUGGUGCUGGUAUGGACUCCCUAGAGGCUGAGCUUAGGGAGAUGCUGCAGAAAAGGAUCAUGGUCCUGGAUGGUGGAAUGGGCACCAUGAUUCAGCAGAGGAACUUGCAGGAAGACGACUUCAGAGGUCCGGAGUUUAAAGAUCACCCACGGAGCCUGAAGGGCAACAACGACCUGCUGAGCAUCACCAUGCCUGAAGUCAUUGAGGCCAUCCACAAGGAAUACUUACUCGCCGGGGCUGAUAUCAUCGAGACGAACACGUUCAGCAGUACUCGGGUUGCUCAGGCGGACUACGGCCUCGAGGAGCUGGCGUACCGACUGAACAAGGCCUCUGCAGAAGUAGCCAGGAAGGCUGCUGAUGACAUUGCUACACAGACAGGUGUUAAACGCUACGUGGCUGGAGCUGUAGGUCCGACCAACAGAACCCUCUCCGUGUCCCCAUCGGUGGAGCGUCCGGACUUCAGAAACAUCACAUUUGAUGAACUGGUCGAGGCGUACUCGGAACAGGUCCGAGGCCUGCUGGAUGGAGGCUGUGACAUCCUACUGGUGGAGACCAUCUUUGAUACAGCCAAUGCGAAGGCUGCUUUGUUUGCUAUUGAUGUGCUGUUUGAGGAGUCGUACAAACCCAGACCCAUAUUUAUAUCCGGGACCAUUGUGGACAAGAGUGGUCGUACUCUCUCAGGUCAGACUGGAGAGGCCUUUGUCAUCAGCGUGUCCCAUAUGAAGCCCCUGUGUAUUGGUCUGAACUGUGCUCUGGGAGCCAGUGAAAUGAGGCCGUUUAUCGAAGCGAUCGGAAAGAGCACCGGUGCCUUCGUCAUCUGUUACCCCAACGCAGGGCUCCCCAAUACUUUUGGAGGGUAUGAUGAAACCCCUCAGCUCACUGCUACACAUCUGAAAGAGUUUGCCUCGGAUGGUUUGGUGAAUGUUGUUGGCGGAUGCUGCGGGACGACUCCAGACCACAUACGGGCGAUCUCAGAAAGCGUGAAACAGUGCCAGCCCAGAGUUCCUCACAAAGAUGUGUUCAGUGACUACAUGCUGCUGUCUGGACUGGAGCCGUUUCGGAUAGGGCCCUUCACUAACUUUGUAAACAUUGGUGAGCGCUGCAACGUUGCCGGAUCACGCAAGUUUGCCAAACUCAUUAUGGCCGGGAAUUAUGAGGAGGCGUUAAGUAUCGCUAAAGCCCAGGUGGAGAUGGGUGCUCAGGUGCUGGAUAUCAACAUGGAUGAGGGGAUGCUGGACGGACCCGUUGCCAUGACGCGCUUCUGCAACCUCGUAGCCUCUGAACCGGACAUCGCUAAAGUACCGCUGUGUAUCGACUCGUCUAACUUCGCGGUUAUCGAGGCGGGUCUGAAGUGCUGCCAGGGUAAGUGCAUCGUCAACAGCAUCAGCCUGAAGGAGGGAGAGGACGAGUUCAUCAAACGCGCCAAACAAGUGCGCCGCUACGGGGCAGCCGUCGUCGUCAUGGCCUUCGACGAAGAAGGACAGGCAACCGAAAUCGAUCAGAAGGUCCAGAUCUGCACCAGAGCGUAUCACCUCCUGCUGGAUAAGGUUGGCUUCAACCCCAAUGACAUCAUCUUCGACCCCAACGUCCUGACUAUUGGCACUGGGAUGGACGAGCAUAACGUGUACGCCAUCAACUUCAUCAGAGCCACUCGGAUCAUAAAGGAAACCCUACCUGGAGCACGGGUCAGCGGUGGUCUGUCCAACCUGUCCUUCUCUUUCCGGGGCAUGGACGCCAUCAGGGAGGCUAUGCAUGGAACGUUUCUUUACCACGCCAUAAAGGAUGGUAUGGACAUGGGCAUCGUGAACGCAGGUAGUCUUCCCGUGUACGACGACGUCGAUAAAGAACUUCUGGUGCUGUGUGAGAACCUCAUCUGGAACCGAGAGCCGGAGGCCACAGAGAAACUUCUGCUGUACGCUCAGAACCAUGCUAAAGGAGGAAAGAAGAUUAUUCAGACUGAUGAGUGGAGAAAGGGAAGCGUGGAAGAGAGGUUGGAGUAUGCACUUAUUAAGGGAAUAGAGAAGUUUGUAGUAGAAGAUACUGAAGAGGCUCGAUCUCAGAUGGAUCGGUACACCCGGCCGCUGCACAUCAUUGAGGGGCCGCUCAUGAACGGCAUGAAGACUGUGGGGGAUUUAUUUGGAGCUGGCAAGAUGUUUCUGCCUCAGGUAAUCAAAUCAGCUCGGGUGAUGAAGAAGGCAGUGGCUCAUCUGAUUCCCUUCAUGGAGAAAGAGAGAGAGGAGAUGAUGGCGGUGACCGGAGCUACAGAAGACACUGAUCCCUACCAGGGAACCAUCGUUCUGGCCACAGUGAAGGGAGACGUCCAUGACAUUGGCAAAAACAUUGUGGGGGUUGUACUGGGAUGCAACAACUUUCGAGUGAUUGAUCUGGGCGUGAUGAUACCAUGUGACCGCAUCCUGAAGGAGGCCAUUGACAAGAAAGCAGAUGUCAUUGGCCUGUCUGGUCUUAUCACUCCAUCUCUUGAUGAGAUGAUUCAUGUAGCGAAGGAGAUGGAACGACUGGGCAUGAAGACCCCUCUUCUGAUCGGAGGAGCCACGACCUCAAAGACUCACACAGCGGUAAAGAUUGCCCCUCGCUACAAAGCUCCAGUUAUUCAUGUUCUCGAUGCUUCUCGCAGUGUGGUCGUGUGCUCUCAGCUGUUGGAUAAAGCCGUGCGUCAAGAUUUCUUUGAGGAGGUAACAGAGGAGUACGAGGAUAUCAGGCAGGACCACUACGACACGCUCAAGGAAAGGCGCUACUUGUCUCUUGCGCAGGCGCAGGAAAAAGGCCUUCACGUCGACUGGCGCUCUCUGCCAGAACCAGUUCAGCCGCAGUUCCUGGGAACGCGCGUGUUUGAAUCGUACGACCUGAGAAAACUGGUGGACUUUAUCGACUGGAAGCCUUUCUUCGACGUGUGGCAGCUCAGGGGGAAAUAUCCCAACAGAGGAUACCCCAAAAUCUUCAAAGAUAAAACUGUGGGAGAGGAGGCCAGGCGUGUAUAUGAUGAUGCUAUAAGCAUGCUGAACAGGCUCAUUGACAGUAAGGGACUGCAGGCGAGGGGCAUCGUGGGCUUCUGGCGUGCAAAGAGCCAGGGCGAUGACAUUCUCAUUUACGAUUCUGAUGUCAUCCCAACCUCAUCCAAUCACAUCGCGACCUUUUAUGGGCUGAGACAGCAGGCAGAGAAGGAUUCGGCGAGUUCAGAACCGUACUUGUGUUUGUCGGAUUUCGUGGCUCCGCUGAGCACCGGCGUGCCGGACUAUAUGGGGAUGUUUGCGGUUGCCGUGUUCGGGGCCGAAGAGCUCAGCAAAGAGUUCGAGCGCCAGGGUGACGAUUACAGCAGCAUCAUGGUGAAGGCUCUGGCUGACCGACUCGUUGAGGCCUUUGCAGAGGAGCUGCAUGCCCGGGUAAGAAGGGAGCUUUGGGGUUACAGUGAGGAGGGAGACCUGCCAGCAAGCGACCUGCACAGGCUGCGUUACUCUGGGAUUCGACCCGCCGCAGGUUACCCCAGCCAACCAGACCACACUGAGAAACGCACCAUGUGGAGAAUCGGCCACAUUCAGGAGAAAACUGGUAUUAGUCUGACCGAAUCGUUGGCCAUGACCCCAGCGGCAGCUGUAUCGGGUCUCUACUUCUCCAACCCCAAAUCCAGCUACUUUGCCGUGGGCAAGAUCACCAAAGAACAGGUUGAAGAUUACGCCAGGAGAAAGGAGAUUCCCGUCAGCGAGGCCGAGAAAUGGCUGGCACCCAACCUGGCCUACGAUACUGACUGAAUUACUGAAGCUCUUCUGGACAACACAACCGACCAUAAGCUGCUCUGAGCCUUUACAGACAGGAUUGCUGACCAAAGGCUUCCUGUUUCUGUGGUUUGGACUCUUGGUUUAUACUCAACUGUCCACUUGUUUACACCAGUGCCCGGGCAGAACUUUUAUCAUUGUUUAUCAUCAAUGACAGUUUGAGUGUCAGGUUCUUUAAAUACUGUGGAUUUAAGCUGAAUAUUUUAGAUUCAGCUUCUAAACAAAAUGUACUGAUGCUGCUAGAUUUGAAAAUAUGUUUUAAUCAAACCUCUUAAGAUAAACGACACUAAUUAUAUAAGCAGAAGAAAUAAGGUGUGAACUGUUUUACCAUAUGAUGUUUUUACUAAUAAAAUAAAUACAAAGCCUUAAACAAGUACACUAUAUGGACAAAAGUAUUGGGACACCCCUUCUAAUUAUUGAAUUCAAUUCAGGUGUAAUAAAUCAAUUAUAUUAAGUAAAUGAUAUGGUUCCAAAUUUGCAGCCCUCUUCUGUUCCAGCAUGACUGUGCCCAAGUGCACAAAUCAAGGUCUAUAAGGACAUAAAGAAAAGCUCCACUCAACAGCUUUGGAAUGAACUGGAACAUCAGUGCGCAGCCAUACAAACACUAUUUUACCUGAACGGGCACAAAUUGCCACAGACAUACUUCUCAAAACGGAACAAAGCAGUCAUGCAUUUAUUUUUGAAAUGGGACGUCCAGCAAGCUCACGGUCAGGUGUCCAAAUACUUUUGACCGUAUAGUGUAUUAGUGCUACAGGUGGGUUUUAUCAUUUCAGUUUGUUUCUGUAUUGACUGUAUUGCCUGUAUUGACAGUGCCUUGGCCAAAAAUUAACCGUGGAUGUUUCAGUGCCUACUAAGCAAUACAGUUUUACCUCAUCUGUAAGUCGUCAGCGAUGCGUUACUGCUCGUCUGGUCUUCCAGUAAAAGUGUGAGAUAUCUGA